AAGCUCUGACAGCUGUGUACUUCCGUCUUCAACCGCCUCCCAGCAUAAUGACGGCGACUUUACGCCCAUAUCUCAACGCUGUGCGAGCCACCCUGCAGGCUGCCCUCUGUCUGGAGAACUUCUCCUCGCAAGUGGUGGAGCGUCACAACAAGCCAGAGGUGGAAGUGCGGAGUAGUAAAGAGCUGCUUCUCCAGCCUGUUAUCAUCAGCCGUAAUGAUAAGGAGAAGGUUCUGAUCGAGGGAUCCAUCAACUCGGUCAGAGUCAGCAUUGCUGUCAAGCAGGCGGACGAGAUUGAGAAGAUCCUGUGCCACAAAUUUAUGCGCUUCAUGAUGAUGAGAGCGGAGAACUUCUUCAUCCUCAGGAGGAAGCCGGUCGAGGGCUAUGACAUCAGCUUUCUAAUCACUAACUUCCACACAGAGCAGAUGUACAAGCACAAGUUGGUCGACUUUGUAAUUCACUUCAUGGAGGAAAUAGAUAAGGAGAUCAGUGAGAUGAAGCUGUCGGUCAACGCCAGGGCCCGCAUCGUCGCUGAGGAGUUCCUCAAAAACUUCUAAGACAGAUCAUAGCCAUGACAUUCCUUUUGCUGAUCCUGGCGGUGUGACAGCAGCGCGCUCCCAUCACAGGACCGAGAGGUUUCAGGAAGUAUAAUCAGCCAAGUAAAGUCAAGAAAACAGAAAAAAAAAGCAAAGAUGUAUUUGGUGGUUCAUGGAGUGUUUGUUGCCCUUCUAUCUUUAAGAUGAGCCUGUGCUCAGAAAUAUUGGUGUUUGUACAUAAUGAAUUCUCAGAGCCUCUGUUCAUUUCUGCCUUCGGAACAAAAGCAAAAAUCAAGGCAGGUCCUUUAUUAAGAAAUAUCCAAUCAAUAUUGAUGAGCACAGGGCUACAUGGAUUUUUUUUUUAAACAACUUAAAUGUUUUGAUUUUUUUUAAAAACUAUAAAUAUGCACAUUCAUUUUUGCUAAGAUUUUGUUACAAUAGAACAUAAACCAUGAGAGCAAUGAUUUGGUGCAUGUUUCUUGUCAUAGUACAGAGUUGACCCUAUUGUAGAUGGAAAUAAAUGUAAGUAAUGGCAGCCAUGA